CUUCCACCUUUCGUCUUGUCGAAUUUAUGGUUGGUAAAAGUGCUCUACAGUUAUCUACAAAUCAUUUAGUUUUAUACUUCAACCGAAAGGAAAGGAACUCUAGUUGAGAGUGAAUUUUCUCAGGAGAUUCGGGUGUCAGAUCGGUUGAAUCCUCACCUCUGUUUCUCAGCUAUGGGGAGCCAUAAAAGAAAAAGAGAUCAAGAUCGAGAACAAGACAUCUCUUCAGACCCAAUGGAAAGUCAGGAAAGAUCUGCUCAUGUCGUUUCAGAUUUUGAUUGGGACAUGUCAGCCGCUAUCACGGUGGUCCCUCAAACCAAAGAAAAUCAAGAUCGUGAACAAGACAUCUCUCCAGUGGACAAUUCGCAAAAUGCAAAAGGCUUGAGGCCAAAACUCAAAGCUAGCCAGGAGCAGACUCGUGGAAAUCAUGGCAAAACCAUCGAGCACCACGAGCGUCAGCUACAAAUUUCAAAAGAAAUGGAGGACAAAGCUGGUGAAGGAGGGGCCUAUGGAGAUCUUGGCUGUGCCUAUCAUAGCUUAGGCGAUUUUAAGAAGGCCAUCGACUACCACGAGCGUGACCUACAAAUUGCAAAAGAAAUGAGGGACAAAGCUGGAGAAGGACGGGCCUAUGGAAAUCUUGGCAUUGCUUAUCAUUGCUUAGGCGAUUUUCAUAGGGCCAUCGACUACCAUAAGCGUGACCUUCAAAUUGCAAAAAAAGUAGGAGACAAAGCUGGAGAAGGAGGAGCUUACGGAAAUCUUGGUAAUGCCUAUCAUGGUCUAGGCGAUUUUUCUAGGGCCAAAGAGUAUCAUGAGCGUCACCAACAAAUUGCAAAAGAAGUGGGGGACAAAGCUGAAGAAGGACGGGCCUAUGGAAGACUUGGCAAUGUCUAUGAUAGCUUAGGCGAUUUUAAAAAGGCCAUCGACUACCACGAGCGUGACCUACAUAUUGCAAAGGAAAUGAGGGACAAAGCUGGAAAAGGACGUGCUUAUGGAAAUCUUGGCAAUGCUUACAAUAGCUUAGGCGAUUUUCAUAAGGCCAUCGAGUACCAUGAGCGUCACCAACAAAUUGCAAAAGAGGUUGGGGACAAAGCUGGAGAAGGAUUGGCCUGCGGAAAUCUUGGCAAUGACUAUCAUAGCUUAGGCGAUUUUCAUAAGGCUAUCGACCACCAUGAGCGUCACCUACAAAUCGCAAAAGAAGUGGGGGCCAGAGCUGGAGAAGGACAUGCCUAUGGAAAUCUUGGCAGUGCCUAUCAUAGGCUAGGCGAUUUUCAUAACGCCAUUGACUACCAUGAGCGUGACCUACGAAUUGCAAAAGAAGUGGCAGACAAGGCCGGAGAAGGACGGGCCUAUGGAAGUCUUGGGAGUGCCUAUCAUAGCUUAGGCGAUUUUCAUAAGGCCGUCGAGUACCAUGAGUGUCACUUAAAAAUUGCAAAAGAAGUUGGAGACAAAGCUGGAGAAGGAGGGGCCUAUGGAAAUCUUGGCAAUGCCUAUCAUGGCUUAGGCGAUUUUCAUAAGGCCAUUAACUACCAUGAGCGUGACCUACAAAUUGCAAAAGAAGUGGGACACAAAGCUGGAGAAGGAGGGGCCUAUGGAAAUCUUGGCAAUGCCUAUCAUAGGUUAGGCGAUUUUCAUAAGGCCAUCGACCAUCAUGAACGUGACCUUCAAAUUGCAAAAGAAGUGGGGGAUAAAGCUGAAGAAGGACGGGCCUAUGGAAAUCUUGGCAAUGCCUAUAAUAGCUUAGGUGAUUUUCAUAAGGCCAUCGAGUACCAUGAGCGUCACCUACAAAUUGCAAAAGAAGUGGGGGACAAAGCUGGAGAAGGACUGGCCUAUGGAAGUCUUGGCAAUGCCUAUGAUAGCUUAAGCAAUUUUCAUAAGGCCAUCGACUACCAUGAGCGUCACCUACAAAUUGCGAAAGAAAUGGGGGACAAAGCUGGAGAAGGACGGGCCUUUGGAAAUCUUGGCUAUACCUAUCAUAGCUUUAGCGAUUUUCAUAAGGCCAUCGACUGCCAUGAGCGCUACCUACAAAUUUCAAAAGAAGUGGGGGACAAAGCUGGAGAAGGAGGGGCCUAUGGAGGUCUUGGCAGUGACUAUCAUAGCUUGGGCGACUUUCAAAAGGCAAUCGUCUACCAUGAGCGUCACCUACACAUUGCAAAACAAGUGGGGGACAAAGCUGGAGAAGGAGGGGCCUAUGGAGGUCUUGGCAGUGACUAUCAUAGCUUAGGCGAUUUUCAUAAGGCCAUCGACUACCAUGAGCGUGAACUACAAAUUGCAAAAGAAGUAGGGGACAAAGCUGGAGAAGGGGGAGCCUAUGGAAGUCUUGGCAAUGCCUAUCAUAGCUUAGGCGAUUUUUAUAAGGCCAUCGACUACCAUGAGCGUGACCUACAAAUCGCAAAAGAGGUGGGGGAUAAAGCUGGAGAAGGAGGGGCCUAUGGAAACCUUGGCAAUGCCUAUAAUAGCUUAGGCGACUUUCAUAAGGCCAUCGACUACCAUGAGCGUGACCUACAAAUCGCAAAAGAAGUGGGCGACAAAGCUGGAGAAGGAGCGGCUUAUGGAAAUCUUGGCAAUGCCUAUAAUAGAUUAGGCGAUUUUCAUAAGGCCAUCGAGUACCAUGAGCGUCACCUACAAAUUGCAGAAGAAGUUGGGGACAAAGCUGGGGAAGGAGGGGCCUAUGGAAAUCUUGGCAGUGACUAUCAUAGCUUAAGCGAAUUUCAUAAGGCCAUCGGGUACCAUGGGCGUCACCUACAAACUGCAAAAGAAUUGGGGGACAAAGCUGGAGAAGCAGCCGCCAAUGGAAAUCUUGGCAAUGCUUAUGACAGCUUAGGCGAUUUUUAUAUGGCCAUCGAGUACCAUGAGCGUCAUCUACAAAUUUCAAAAGAAGUAGAGGACAAAGCUGGAGAAGGAGGGGCCUAUGGAAAUCUUGGCCACGCCUAUCGUAGGCUACGCAAUUUUCAUAAGGCCAUCGAGUACCAUGAGCGUCACCUACAAAUUGCAAAAGAAGUGGGGGACAAAUUUGGAACUGCACAAUCACUAAAUAAUCUUGGUAACGUUUUUGAAGAUCAAGGAUCUUUUUUGAAUGCCCUUGACUACUAUAGUUCCAGUUUGUCAAAGUUGAAUGAAAUAAGGGCUCAUCCCCAGCUUAAAGACAAAUGGAAAAUUAGCUACCGUGAUACGUAUAAUGAUGUAUACAUUAGACUGUGGCGUCUACAUUUAAGACAGGGUCGAGUUGUUGAUUCCUUGCGUGUUGCGGAGGAUGGACGGGCACAGGCCCUGAGAGAUCUCAUUGAGGCAAAAUAUGGGUUUCAAGAAAUUUACUCUUGGUCUCAUUCCUCUGUGAAGUCAACUGGUUUCUAUCCCAGAUCCAUUCCAGGGACAACAGUUUUUAUGGCCUUCAGUAAAAAAAAAAUUGUUUUCUGGGUUAUAAGGAAGGAUAAAGAGGUCACCUUGAGAAGAAAAGAGAUUGGCGACCAUGAAUCAGAAAGAGACGCCACAACUUUCAUUUGGACGUUAAGCCAGAAAGCUCUGGUGGAGAUUGGUGUAUGCUCUGGCGUUGAAAUCGAAAAUCGCUCGCUUGAUGAACCGCGUGAAACGGGAUUGACCACUGAGAGAGCCCCUAUCAGGGAUUCUCGGAGUGUUCUACCAAAGGAAACCUUGAGAAGCUUUUAUGACGCCAUCAUUGUUCCUGUUGCUGACCUGGUUGAUGGAAAUGACCUCAUACUCGUUCCCGAAGGUCCACUUUGUUUGGUACCUUAUGCAGCAUUGAUGAACCAAAAGCAAGAGCAUCUGUUUGAGUUGCUAAGGAUCAGGGUUAUUCCGUCCUUGACUACUUUGAAAUUACUUACUGAUUGUCCAACUGACUUCCACAACAAGACCGGCGCGCUGCUUGUGGGAGAUCCGUGCGUCGAAGAAGUUCUCUAUAAGGGAAUAAAGUUGUGUCAGCUGCCAUAUGCAAAGAAAGAGGUGGAAAUGAUUGGAAGAAUCCUAGGCACGGCUCCCCUCGUCGGAGAAAAGGCUACUAAAGGUGAAGUUUUGAAGCAACUCUCCACGGUUGCUUUAGUGCACAUCGCUGCACAUGGCAAAAUGGAAACAGGCGAAAUUGCCUUGGCACCAAACCCUGCUCGGGAAUCCCAUCGUCCUGAAGAAAAAGACUUUUUAUUAACCAUGGCGGAUGUAUUGGAAGCUCAAUUGCGGGCGAGACUGGUUGUGUUAAGUUGCUGUCAUAGCGCUCAAGGAGAAAUAAAAGCGGAGGGGGUAGUUGGCAUCGCUCGAGCAUUUUUAGGUGCUGGGGCUCGUUCCGUUUUGGUGUCCCUCUGGGCAAUUGAUGACGAGGCCACUUUCCAGUUCAUGAAACAUUUCUAUGAAGAGCUAGUUAAAGGAAGGAGGGUCAGUGAAGCUCUUCAUGAAGCCAUGAAACGCAUGAAAGAGUCCAAAAGGUUCGGGGAAGUAAAGUACUGGGCACCAUUUGUUCUCAUUGGGGAUGAUGUCACUCUUGAGCUGAAUGGAAACGAUGCAGUCUAGAGGCUUCUCAAUAGAUAGUUGCUGUGCAAAGAAGGCGGAUGAAAAUCUGAACUGUAGUAGGCGGUCAACCAAGAUUGAAAUGGGAAUGGAUCUUGUUGUUACAAACCCUUUCAGCGUGGUGGACGAUGCUUUUUUGUAUUUGCAAUAGUAAGAAAUAAGAGAUUAAGUCAAAUACUUCAUUCAGAUGUAGGAGUUGGGAAAUAUUCUGGCCCGUCUUGUGCAGCGAAAGAUAAUUUUUCUCUUGCAAAAGUAGGAAAGGGGAAAAAAUUCUUAUCCGCUCCCUGGGCAGCCAAAUUGUAAGAAGCUAUAAUCACUGGUUUGAUUUGAUAUUUUGCAAUUCAUCAGAUUGGUAAAUAGACUCGAUUGCAUACAUUUACAUAAUUUGAGCGUAUGAAUGGGGUAAAUUUAGAAUCUAGUAAAACAUGUGUUGAGUUGAAAAAAGCCUAUUUUAUCGAUGAGAUCUAACAUCAUUCUAUCUUACACCGGACAGUGCUCCGGUAGUGAUUAAGGCGACCGUUAUUGGGAGACAGACUUGUUCAGUAAAGUUUUCAAAUAUCAAAAUUUAUACAGAAGCUGUUAGGCUGUUUUUCCUUAGAAGUCGAAUUAAAUAACUCAUGGAACUAAUUUGGAUAUAUCAACAAAGUUGAAAUGGUAAAUUGGCCACCAUAACGAUUACAAAAGCUGACGUUUCG